AUGAUCCCAGACAUAGAAUCCACCACGCCUCGAAUUAAACUUUCGCCAAACGGAGUGAAUCCUGUGUGGAACAGAUACUCAGACUCCUGUGGCGUGGUUGACAAUUUGGCAAUUAAAUUCCUAAAACGAGAAUUUGAUCAUUCUAUAAUUGAAAUUAAGGGACUAGAUGUGAGUUUUGUAAACGCUAUUAGACGCAUUUUAAUAGCAGAAGUGCCAUCGCUGGCAAUUGAAACUGUUAUGGUCUGGCAAAACACGGGCCUAAUCCAUGAUGAUGUAUUGGCACAUAGGCUGGCUUUGGUGCCUUUUAACGUAGAUCCUGAAGAAAUCAAUUACAGGGGGCACGAGAAUUUGAACGAGUCGAAUAGCGUAUGCUUCGAAUUAAAAGUGGCGCACGAUGCUAACUGCAUAGAGAAAUAUCAGUCUGUCUACACUUCACAGCUAAAAUGGAUUCCACUAGGCGAUGAACAGCAUAAGCGGUUGGGUAAAAAUCAGCCAAGGCCUUUGUUUGAGGAUAUAUUACUCACAAAGCUUGCUCCUGGUCAACAAAUAGAAUUAAAGGCGUAUCUUGAAAAGGGCAUCGGACGAACCCAUGCCAAAUGGUCAAUUGUUUCAUCUGCUACAUACCGAUUCUACCCGCAUAUAGAUAUUUCAUCUCAGUUAACCAGGGAUGAGUCAAAGGAACUAGUGGCAACUUGUCCAAUGAAUGUUUUUGCCCUUGACCAUAAGGGAAAUGUAAUUGUGGAAGACCCACUUAAGUGCACUAGUUGCCGUGCGUGUAUAGAAAGGUUCAAACAAGUGACUAUUACAAAGGUGACAAACCAUUUCAUCUUCAGUAUUGAGACGUGUGGGCCCAUUUCCAGUUGGGAUGCUUUUGUUAAAUCUGUGAAUAUUUUAAAAAAUAAGGGGGAUAAGCUCAAAUGUAAAUUGCUUGAGUAA